AUGGACGUAUCAAUCAGAUCAGAUCACCUCCGAUCCGCACUCGUAGUUACCAGGCACUCUUGGCUCAAUCUCAAAGUUACAGUAGCAACCGCAUCCACGCGUCCCGGAACCCGUGAUGCUCCACCCCCCCGUUAUGAUCACACAUUGAUGAACCAUGUUAUUGGCCGUAGUCCUGCUCACCUGUCCCCUUGCACCAUGUCGCCCUUGUCCUUGAUGUCCUCAAUCAAUCCCCACAUUAACCCUUCCAUCUUCACUGCGUCCCCAUUGUCACAAUACACUCCUUUGGCUCCAAGCCGUUUAUUAUCAUCUGGAUCUCGCCCUGUGCAAAGGUCUCCUCUGAAAAGAGGGGCCUCCAAGCUCAACCUGUCUGAUGACAAGGACGAGUUGGCACCUAUUGAUGAUGAGCUUUCCGGUGACGGCCUUGAUGACAAACCCAGUGGCUCCGGACUACCUACUCCUGCUCUGUCUACCACCUCGAAUGUACCGGAUGUGCCCAAUGAAGAACGAACCUUCACGGUUCAAUUCAACCUCUGGCAACUUGUCGUACCCGAGGUGGACCCACCCAACUCACGUCGCAAACGAACUCCAGGCGGUCCUCGAGCUAACCGUGUCAAGUCUUCCAAGCUGAAGUACUCUAACUUCAACCCCAGGCUUACUAUCAAGCUCAUUCUUUGGGCAAAGCAUACACCUUUUGUGAUAUUCAAACGUCUCCUGUUCCAGGCUUGCGAAAAACAGCUCCCGCAAGUAUCUGAGGCCCUCCACCGUGCUUGGCUCGCUGACGAGCUGGCCAUCCAGGGUUUUAUCCAUCGGGCCAAGCAGCACAAGGCCAAGGCUAAUGUGUCAAUAACCGAUCACGAGUCUUUCAAAGAGUUCAUUCAUGCGGCGUUGUCUGUACCCGAGUCCACCACCAUGGGAUUCAAGAUAAUCCAUGAGAAUCCCGUCAAGACUCAAAUGGCCCUGCGAGCUCUGAAGGCUGCUUGCAAAGACACUGCGCCCAAUUCUGACGAGUCUGACAAGGACGCUUCCGACGCCUCUGAAGGGGUCAUUUUCUCUCCUUUACUUUACGUCUCUCCCUCCUGA